AUGGUCAACAUCGACAUUCCGAAGAAUUACACGGCAUCCCCUUCGUCAUUCGUGGGGACAUCGUCGUUGACAAUUAAUCAUGAGGCUACCUUGGAUCUCGAUUCGAGCAAUGCCUUCGAAGGUCCCGAAAAACUUCUAGAGGUCUGGUUUGGCUCAUCCCCCAAGAACCUUCUUGGAUCGACAGAACCGACGGGACUCAAGGCGGUUCCAGCAGAGAUAUGGAAGGAUAUGCUUGAUCUUGUCAGUUGCAAGGUGCUGUCAAUCAUCGAAUCGGACGACGUGGAUGCGUACCUACUCUCAGAAUCCAGCAUGUUUGUGUUCCCACACAAGCUCAUUCUCAAGACCUGUGGGACCACUACCUUGCUGUCCGGAUUACCUCGUAUCCUCGAGAUCGCAGCCCUCUACGCGGGUUUCCCCAAGAAUACUACUCCAGCGUCCUGUGGAAUUGCCACUGCAGCUGCUCCGUACCGUGUCUUCUAUAGCAGAAAGAAUUUCCUCUUCCCUGACCGCCAGCGUGGGCCCCAUCGCAGCUGGAGAGAUGAGGUCAAGACAAUGGACCAGCUAUUCCUGGGAGGUAGCGCGUACAUGAUUGGCAAGAUGAAUGGCGAGCAUUGGUAUCUCUAUCUGACUGAGCCUUACACCAUCUUGACUCCCCCGUCUACGCCAGGCAACGAGACCCCCGUGAAGGUUCUUGAAUUCCCCGAGCAUUCAAAAAUGGCAGCUCGCUCAACAAAGGAAGACGAGGAAAACGACGAAACUCUCGAAAUACUCAUGACAGACCUAGACGAGGAGAAUGCAAAACAAUUCUACCUCGACCAUGCGAGUGCGGUCGCAGAAGGUCGUCAUCGCCUGCAACGAAAAGAGAAGGAAGCCCACGACGAUGAACAUCUAGACGUCUUCAACAACUCCGACACCAGCGACCUGGGUUCGGACAUGGAUCAAUCCCUACCCUCCGAAUUAACAACCGAAGGCCAUGGCCUCGGAACCAUAGUCUCCGAAUCUUGUGGUCUCUCCGACAUCUACCCAACCAGCCAAUACCCCGGUGCUCGCGUCGACGCCUACCUAUUCACACCGUGCGGCUUCUCCGCUAAUGGCGUCGUUCCGGCACCCAACGGCAGCUCAGGCUCCCACUACUUCACCGUCCACGUCACGCCAGAACCACACUGCUCCUAUGCGUCCUUCGAGACGAACGUACCCCAACUCCAGAGUGGGCGCGAAACGUCCGAAAUCGUCGACCAUGUCGUUGAUAUUUUUAAACCGGGUCGAUUCAGCGUGACGUUGUUUGAAGCUAAGAAGCCCGUCUAUAAGAACCACCAUGCUACUUCCGCUGCGACUGCGACUACCGAUGGAGUUAAAGCUGUGGCAGAUAUCCUUGUCGAUGAAGAUGAGCAUAUGAAUCUCACGGCGGCAGCACGCAAUGCCAAAAUGGAGCGGAUCCCCGGCUACCGUCGUGUCGAUCGCAUUGUUCAUGAGCUGGAUGGGUAUGAUCUUGUCUUCCGCUAUUACGAACGCAAUGAUUGGAGGGGUGGGGCGCCGCGGAUCGGGGAGCGUGCUUUUUAA